AUGUCUCAGCGGGGCUCUUCCUCGGCGACCAACAUCAGCAGGUCUGGGACGGUGCUUUGCAAGCACAACGUUCCCGCCGUGAUUAAGACGUCGGGUACCGAGUAUAACCCAGGCAGGAAAUUUUACGGAUGUCCUUAUUGGAAGCAGAAUGAGAGUGAAAAUCUAGGGAAGAAAAAUUGUCGGUUCUUUAGGUGGGUUGAGAUGGUUGGCGAUGAAAUGGUUGGGGAUGAAAUGGAGGAUCGAAAGGGUUCUAUGGAGAGCCUAAUUUGCCAACUUGAGCACAGUUUGCUCAUCGCUGAGUCUAAGGCAGAGAGGAGGAAGCAGGAGAAAAAGAGACUAUCUCAAGAUAUGAUUGUGUGGAUGAAAGAUCGUGAGACUAUGUUAGCCCAUGGAAGGAGAUUGAAUCAUGAUGUUCAAAUUAUUCGUAUUAUGUUAACAAUUCUUCUUGUUGUGAAUGCCUCUUUCCUUCUUGUUUUGUGGGGAUACAGAUCUGGUAUGUAA